UAAUGGUUUUUCUCAAACUCAUAUUUCACACAACCAUAGCAAUUAUAUUUAUAAGUUGCCCAAUCUCAAUAAGCUCUUAUUAUCUAUAUGAUCAAAUCUAAUCGGACAAAUCAUAAGUAAUAUUUUGUAUAAAUUUUAGACAGCCUAUGCUUUAAAAAUACCAUUGACUUAUUUAAUAUUGUAUCAUUUAGGAGUUAUUUAUAUUUGGGUUACUUUAAUUUGGCAUGCUUAUUUAGGAACUGGAGAUAAUUUAAGAAACUUACUAAUCAAUAUAUGGCAAAAUCAUUACAAAGUUUCUUACCCUAUUAUAUUAUUUAAUGAGGUAGUGUUAUUUUAAGUAAUCCAACUAGAUUUUUAGUUUCAUCAUUGCUCUAUAUGGAACUUUUGAUACAAAUUUAUAAAAAUACACAGCAACCCAAUUAUUAUAUUAUGCAUCAGCAUUUUUUGUUUGCAAUCAUGUUUAUUCAUUCUAUUCAAGAAAUAUUAUCAGAAGAAAUGAUGUGCAUUAGCUCCCCACUUGUGACAAAAGAUUAUUUUAAUCAUAUGAAUACCUAUUUUAUUUUUAGACACUGAUCAUUUUUGUGUGUAAAUUAUCUUAUUUUAAAUUUUAGGCUUUUAUUACUCUAUCAAAUUUGAUAAUUUACAAAAGGAAAUUAAACCUUUUAUAAAGUUUCUCAUUAAUUAGUUAAUGUUUCAUGUUUUUGAGAUUACUAAGAUUUAUUUUGUAAUAAAUCUAUUUGUUUUAAUUUAAUUUCUACAAGUCAUUAUAGAUGGUAUCUAAUUGGUUAUUGACUAUUAACAAAUUUCAUACUUAAUUGCUGGUGUAACAGUUGCAAGCAUCAUCAUAGCCUUCAUCUAUAAUCUUCAUAUAUUAGUAAAAAUUUACAUAUUAUCGAGGGGCAAUAUUAUUUAUAAUUAAGGAAUUGUAGAGAUGGAAGAUUCUUUAAUGAUAAUCCUUAAGUUUAAGUCACUAAUUUGAGAGAAGAAGAUUUGGAAAAAUUAGAAAUUAAAUCCUUUAAUUCUUAAUUAGAAGUGCAAUAAAAAAGAAAUUAAGCAGUAGAUUUAGCUUAAUUGGAAGAAUAAAAUAAUAAUACAAUAUAAUGUCCCAUUUGCGGUGAUGAUAUUCAAAAAAGAUAGAAAAUUAUAUUUCUAGAAUGUUAACAUAUAUUUCAUUCAGAAUGUUUAAUUAGAUGGUUGAAAAUUAAAAAUUCCUGUCCUUACUGUAGGAGAUCGGCAGUAAAAUGUUAAUAAUGA